CUUAGCCACGCCUUCAGUCCCAGUGCCACACUCCCUAUGCAAAUUACACGCCCUCGGUGCCACGCCCCCACACACUCACAUUUCCUCCGGCCGCCGCCGCCGCUGCUGCAGUGUGAGAGGCCUGGGAGCCGGGGGACUGCUGAGUCACAUGCACAGUUCUGGUGCCGUUGUCCGCUCCGAUCAAGAGACCAACGGGAACCUCCGGAGCUGAAGGAAGAUGGUGUCUGUUUCCGGAUUGCAGAUAAUAACCGGCACUUGGAGGGUUCUACAGACGGGGGCUUCCUGUUUAUUUUAAGUUUCGCUUUCACCUUCAAGCCUUUGCGGGAAGCAAAGCUCAGAUGGGACUCCCAGUCUAGCUGAUUCCAGGGACUUUCUAGCACUGCUCUUGCCAACGUCCGUGGCACGACAUCCUCCCAUUAGGAACAGUAAUGCUGGGAAACUACUCAAGCUUUCCUGCACUUGUACAGCAUUCCUCCCCUUGCUCUUACCGGGAAUAUCUGCCUUGUGCCCCGUAAGACAGUGUUUUUCACAUUCUUUGUUGGAUAUGGAGGAGCUCAGGAGGAAAUUACCGUCUCCAGCCUCAAGGUCGGUGUCCUGACAUGGUCUACACUUAGAAACAAUGAAACCAGCAGGCCCUGUCUUGUUUUAUUUUUAUUUUUUAACUUUUUGAAAACGUCCACUACAAAUUGGCCGGUUCCCCAAGGAUUAUAAUUGGGAGUUGUGCCGGAAUCCCCCUCCCUGUAUUUGAUCUUUCUCUUGGCUCUUCCAACCUUCUGUUGAGUCAUGUCGUGGUUUGGUGAAGCUCAGUGGUUUAUAUUGGUGUCUCUUUUCGUGGCUGCCCUGGUCACCCUUGGGGUUUACCUGUUCCAGUAUAUUCUUGGCGGCAUCUGGAGACUCAGAGGAAAAUUUCCUUCUAAAGCUCAAAGUGAAGCCGAUUCUCUCCUUUCCUGGAUCCUGUCUCUGAACAGUUGGAGGAGCCAGUGGCUGAGAGCUUGGAUAAAUGCCCUCAAUGAGGAAGCUGGAAAAAGAGGCGGAACUCUUCGACUGUCCUUUGAGGAUGACAAUGGGCAACAUCCCCUGGAACUGUCUGUGAAAGAAGUAACGAGCGUUUUGAAAUCAGACAAAGAGAAGGUCGUAUCAUGCAGUGUGAUUGGAGACUCCAUACAGUUUACCGUGCGUGUUACUCGCACCGUCCCAGCCAACUCAGGAUGCCAGGUGUACAGUGUCCGGGUCACCCCUCUCCAGCUCAAUCUGGAGCUGCAUGUGAAAGAGGAAAGCAGUGGAAGCAUUCGGGUCCUCUGGACUAUGGGGAAUUUUGCAAAUCUCAAUCUCCAGGUUCAGCCAAAGAGCAAAAUAGAGACCCCAGGAGCAAGUGCAGUAUUGGAAGCUCUUGAAGAUAUUCUGAAGAACCUGAUGACACUGGUCCAGCCGUCAGUAGAUCUCAGUACCAGACCAACAGGAAAUAUUUAUGGAGCCAGUUCUCAGUUAAUGUGUCCUCCCAAGCCGCCGAGAGUUCACGACUUGAAGCUUCAGCUGAAAGGGAUCAGAGCCACACUCUCUGGAGAUGAUCUAUCAGGGAUCUCGAGUGCAGCUUGCACUGUGCAGAUAAAUGACCCCGUCCAGAACGUCACUACAGCAGCCUCCAACACUACAAGUCCUUCUUGGGAAGAAGAAUUCAUUUUUGAGCUCAAUGCUAAAUCCAGGGAACUUCAGUUACAGAUUGUGGAAACAGGGAAGUCCUCAGAGGGUGCCCCUCUAGCCUCAGCGAAUGUGCCCUUGGACCUGUUCCACAAGCAGCCGUCGGGGAGGCAGAGUUUCCCUUUGAGAGCUGCUUCGGGAAAGGCAGUGAGUGGAUCCGUCAGUGCACAGUUCCUUUAUAUUGAACCGAUCGAUGGAAAAUCCUGGACAUUUCCAACACCGGUCGCUGCAAAGAAGGUAGAGAAGGAUCGGACGGUGAUGCCUUGUGGGACUGUGGUCACCACAGUGACAUCGGUGACAUCAAAACCUCGACUGGAUGGGAAGAGUCCAGUUCAAAGCUAUGAAUCCCCUGCAAAGACUCCUCCUAAAGUGAAGGUGAUAGAGAGGGACUUCUCUGUGCAAACGAUGCCUUCUGAGAGCAUGGUGGUCAGCAAAGCCUUGUCAUCGUCCGACACAGAGCUUUUGUUUCUGAAUGGGUCAGAUCCUGUUGCAGAAGCUGCUAUCCGUCAGCUCCGGGAAUCUUCCAAACAGUCAUUCAAGUCUCCAAGAAAGAAGAGCACCAUUAUUAUUUCAGGAAUCUCCAAGACUUCCGUAUCUCAGGAUGAAGAGGUAUCACUCAUGUUGAAUUACGCUGAAGCCAUGGACAACUCGGUUAUGAACUCUCCCCAUUCCAUAAAUGAAAAUGCCACCCCCUCGUCAGCUGCAGAUAAUGACCAUUUGGAGUUCUCUGUGCCGACUCUCCCAUCUCCUAUCUCUGAGGAUGGACUUCUUGGUACAUGGGAGCAAGGCAGUGAGCUAGAGGAGUGGAACAUCAAUGGUUUAGAGGACCCAGAUUGUGAAGGAAUAUCCAUCAGCAACUUGAGCGUCUCUGAAACAGGAAGCAUAAAGAAAUCCAAAGGUGGAUUUUUAAAGAAAGGGGCAAAGAUGUUUUUCCGAAGGAGGCACCAGCAAAAAGAACCAGGCAUGAGUCAGUCCCAAAAUGACCUUGUCUACCUGGAGACGGCAAGAUCUGGGGAACACCCCAAGAAGGGAGCAACUCUCUCUCGACUCCUGCACAGAAAACGCUUCAAGAACAAAGGCAAGAGCCCACCUCAGGGCACUCCAACAGAGAACUAAAGACCUUUCAUUUCAAGGCUACAUAUCAGCAUUACUAUCAGUGCACUCAAACUAAAUCAUGGAGUUACCCCCCAUGCCCAGGUGGAAUUAACAGAACCUGUGAACACUCCUUUUUCCUAUAGCUCAACACUGUGAGGUUUUUUUGAAGCCCAGAAAAAGCCAUAAGAACCUUCUCUUCACCCUGGUGGGCAGGGAAGGAAAAUAGCAUUUGCUUGCAACGAAGCCAACGUCUUGAUGGAAGGCGAGUAGAUACGCCUUGGGGAAGGGCUUCA